UUUGCACGAGACCCGCGGUAUUCCCGCUGCUCAACGGGGAAGACCGCCGGAAGACCGCCGGACGGACUUUAAACCUGGUCCAGACCAGCCGCCCGGCAGUUAAUAGGCGACGCCGCAUUUCCGCGCCGUGUUUACGGUUGCUACUCCCCGCUUGUCGUUGGAUAGUUCUGCUGUUUGAGGGACGACCCCCCCCCCGCCGCCCUUUUUAACCGGUUCGGUCCCACGCCUCCCAGGAGGGCUCAGUGAGGUGUGGUUGUGGAUCUAACCAGGUCUGGGCAGAGUGAGAUGAGCUGGGCCGAGGAGGACUGGACGGUGGGGCUCUCUGGCCGGGUUCUACAGAAGGUGAAGGAGCUACAGGUCCAGCAUGAGAGAUUCUCCAGAGAGAGUCGGCAGAGACAGCUGCAGCUGGACAAUACGCAGGCGGCCCUUGACAAACAGACUCUAAAGUAUGAGGAGGCGCGUGGGGAGGUCCAGGCAAUGCAGAGGGAGCUUCAGGGGGUCCGCGAGGAGGCCCGGGCAGGCGUGAGUGCGCUACAGCGUGUGUCCCUGGAGCUGCAGACCAGGCAGGCCCAAGUGUGUUCGCUAGAGGGCCAGCUGGACACCGCACGCACCCUUGCACACAACCUCACCCAGGAGGUUAAAAGGCUACAGGCAGAGCUGGAGAAGCUGCAGAAUGAUAGCGGGCUGAGUGACUCCGGCUUGUUCUCCACCCCGUGCUGGAACAUGACCUCAGCCUGGGAACACAGUGGGGGUAGAAAGGAUGAAAGGCAGGGCCACAGGGGAGAGGGAGCUAGCCAAGCUCUACACGUCAGACAACUCCAGUUCUCAGACACUCCCACAGGCUUGUUACCAAGACAACAGAACAAGAGCACGCUCCAUCGCCAUCACUCGAACCAAUCCGACUCCUCCUCUACUCCCCCAGCUACGUUUCCGUGUGAGCAGUGUGAUCCCAGACCAGCGGGCAAGGUUUGGCCCCCUCCCUUACCCUCCACACCCACCGCUGCUGUCAUUAGUGAACAUCAACAAGGGCAGGGGGAUUGUGGGAAGGCUGAGACACUAAGGAGAGAGACAGACAUGUGUGUUGCAGAGCUGCGGAGCCGCGUGCGUGUCCUGGAGGGGGAACUGCGGACGGAGGCUGAGCAGCUGAAGGCAAGCCAGGAGGAGCUUGACAAAUGCAGGAAGGAGUUGACUGCCAGGGAGCACAACCUUCAGAGGAGUCAUGACCAGCUCAGCCUGGCGCACAGCCGCAUGGCACAGGAGAGCGACCGGGCAUCAGGAGCAGAGCAGAGGCUGAGGCAGCUCCAGGAGGAACUCCAGUGCCAGAGACAAAACACAGAGAGCAGCAGACUGCAACACCAACAACGCACAAAAGACCUGGAGAAGCAACACCAGAGGGACUUGUUGGAGCUUCAGAAGGAGAGACAGUGUCUGCAGAAGCAGCAUCAGCAGGAGGUGAACAAACUCGGCCAGGAGCUUCAACAGGCCAGGACACUCCACAAUGCACUGCAGGCCCACGCCGAGAAGGUGUCUCUUCAGAAGCAGACAUUGGACAAAGAGAUGGAGACCCUGAAAGAGAAACUGAAGUGGACAGAGGGACAGGUGCAAGAGAGCCAGAAAAGAGAUGCACAGAUGCAAGCCAAACUAAUGGAGGCACUGCGUGAGGCGGAGAGUGUGACAGCAAGCCUUGAGCAGAGCAGGAGGAGAGAGAAGGUGCUGGAGGAGGAGGGGAGGAGACUGGCACAGGAGCAAGCUGACGCCCUACAACUCAUCAAAGAACUGCAGGACCAGAAGACCAUCCCCACUCCCUCUGCACCACCUCUGCAGGUCUGUGCUGUUGAACAGAGCUUUUCACCCCAACCCUUCUCCUCUCAUCAUCCCAGACCCUCGGCUCAUGUCAAGAAGCCCCACGCCGCCACCCAGCGAGGGCAAGGCCGAGAGAACGAGAGAGGGGGAAAAACCUUUUCAAAGUCCCCAAGCGACAGAGAACCAGGAGAGGGCAUCGACUCAGAGCAUAUCACUGCUCUGGCUACCCCAAGCUCCGAACAUUCACGGUGGGCAGGCAGAGGUGGUGACGAGGAGGAGGAGAGUAAGAGUAGAAGCAGUGGAGAUGAUUUGAUGGGUUGCAACAGCCCUGAAACACAGGGGUGCUAUUCAUUUGAUGUGGCCCUCCCACAGUUGUCCGCUGCCAUGGGCAAUGUUAGUGAGGAGAAAGUCUCUCUCAAGUCACGGCACCACACGGAGCAUGAGGACCUCCACAAGGAGAACACUGCCCUGCGUUCAGAGCUCCAUGAUGUUCGUGAAGAGCUCCAGAAGCGGCUGGAAGAUUUGGAGGGCCAGCGGCGGGCUGAAGCUGAGGCCAGGACCCGCCUCAAGCAGCUGAGUCGGAAACAUGCCAGCCAGGCUGGUGAGAGGGAGGAACAGGAGCGGGAGAGGAGGGCAGAGCUAGAAAGGGAGAGGGCCGAGACAGAGAGGCUGAGGAAGGCCAUGGCCAGUCUUGAGGCAGAGAGAGUGAACUGA